AUGGAUGCAUUACAAGAGUUCUCCGAUAAUCCAUUAUUCAGUUAUACUGCUUUUUCGGAAACAUAUUUAGAAAUUAAAACCCAAGCAGCACUUCAAGAUGCUCAACAUACGGCAAUAGAUCGUUUUGCAAGAGAUUUCACUGUCAUUCAAGCAAUAUCUUUAAUAAAUGGUUUAAUGACAAGUGUAGCAACGAAUUUUGUGGCAAUUACUGUGCCAAUAUUUGAAAAUGAGCCGAUACCUGUAUUUCUUGUACAGACAGCUUAUCAACUUCCAGGAAAAAAUCACACAUGUUCUUGUCAUACAGAACAAUCUUGUCAGACUCCAGCUGGUCUCUAUCUAUUCGAUCGCCCAGAAAGUUAUCAACCUUAUGAUUUAAAUACUGUAAUUCCCGAUAUGACGAUACCAGGAAUUAUGUUUGAUUGCUUACCAUCACUUAUGGUAUUGGCAUCAUCACUCGAAUGUUUCUACGAUCAAUCAUGUAUUGAUACAAUACUUGCCCUCUAUACAAGAAAAUUCAAUAUAUCAAUACUCGAUGAAACAAGAAUGACACGAACUGAUAUUCGUGUCAGUAUCGGUGCUCUAUUUCAAUUAUUAUCAGAAUUAUGUCAACAUUCACAAACUACAAUUCAAAAUGCAAUUGAUGAAUUUCUAAUUAAGACAUUUUUGAGUGUAGAAAUUGUGUCUGAAUCCCAAUUUCUAUUACAAAUAAAUGAUAUUACAGGUUAUUUGGAAAGUAAUACUGCUCGUCUCUUUUCACACUCUCUACAACUUCUACGCAGUUUUGUACAUGGUAAUACAUAUGUAUCUGUUAUGGCUUAA